AUGGCGCCUGACCAUCACCUCUCCGUCCACCAGUACUCGGGCUGGCCAGCAGAGCACCCGCAGCACAUCUCGGUGCGACAGUACCCAAGCACCAGCAGCGCCUUCAGCAGCUCAGCGCAUCCCGAUGAAGACUGGACCAAGGUCUCGGAUCUGGCUGAGCGCAGGCGGAUACAGAACAGGAUUGCCCAGCGCAACUACCGCAAGAAGAUAAAGGAGCGCAUGGCCGACCUGGAGAGGCGCGCGGGCUCUGACGGGAACAAGAGCAGCAGCACAAGCAGCAAGAAGUCGCCAAAGACGUCCAAGAAGCAAGGACGGCGCCAGUCUUCACCACCGCCGCCGGGACACCACUCGCUGCAGCCACCAUCACAGUCGGGCGUGCCACAACACCCCUUCACGCCGCCCAUGAAUCCGGAGGACCACUUCUUCCCCUCGCCAAGCCCGCCAGCAAGCAGCCCGCCACCAUUUGCUUCCUACCAACCCACGUACUCGCCUCCCAGCGACAACGGCAUGAUCAUGCAGCCAUACGGGAGCCCACAACAGCAGGCAAUCGCAACAUCUGGCCCUUACCAAUUCGGCAUGGUGUCCACAAACGCACCCACGCUGCCGCCAAUGACACACUUUGCGGAUGCGUACAAGGCACCCAACCUCAACGGGGGGAAUGAGUCGAUGUCGUCGUUUUCCAACUACGGCGACUACACGCUUGGUGGUCACUUGAACCCCUCGCCCUACGAUUCAAAUCCUCAUACCCCAGCUCUGUCGCACACCUUUGACCACUCGGACAACAAUUCGGAGGCGGAUUGGUGUGCCUACCCAGUGACACCACUGUCGAUGGGCUCACCAUGA